UUGACUAUGCAACCUUAUAAUUACCUUUGUUCUUCUUUCCAUUGAUCAAGCACUCUUUUGAGAUCUUGAGAUCUCCCUACUAGCUAGAGACCCUGUUGUUGCAUGCAACAAAUGGAGCUUCACCUAGGAACAACAAUGGAUGAUGGAUGCAACUACUCCAAGAAAGAAAAAGGAGAAGAAGAACAACAACAACAAGAACAACACCAAGAUCCGAAUGAUCCAACCCAGGAGGACCAUCUCCUCACCUUCGCUUCCUCUUCCUCUUCCUCUUCCUGUUCCUCCUCCAAUCUCAUCCUCGAGCACAUGUUCGACAAGGUCGUGACGCCGAGCGACGUCGGGAAGCUGAACCGGCUGGUGAUCCCCAAGCAGUUCGCAGAGAAGUACUUCCCCCUGAAGCCGUCUGCGGCCGCGAAGGGGGUGCAGCUGACGUUCGAGGACCGCGCCGCCGGGAAGCCGUGGGAGUUCCGAUACUCCUACUGGAGCAGCAGCCAGAGCUACGUGAUGACGCGGGGCUGGAGCCGCUUCGUCAGGGAGAAGCGGCUCCGCACGGGGGACACCGUCUCCUUCUCCCGCGCCCGCGGCCGCCUCUUCAUCGACUGGCGCCGCCUGCCCAGGCCCACUACCAUAGCAGCAGUGCUCCGAUCUCCGACGAACCCCGGCAGUGGUGGCGCCCGUGUUUUGAGUUUCCAGUCCGUUCUCACCCCGCCGAUCCUCCGUUGGGGGGCCGAGCCGAUCGUCGUGGACUUGGUCCACCGUGUGGUCGAUAGGCCGCCCGAGGCGAAGCGUUUCCGGCUCUUCGGGGUGGACGUGGAGUGCGUCGGCGCCGGAGAACCCGCAAUAUAUGACAUGACCCAAAGGUUUUAUAUGUAGGGAUCUGGAUCCUGUUGAUUGUCCCAGUACUGUUGCAUUCAUGGAUCUACUACUUCAAUUGAAGAAGGGAAAAGAAGGAACAAUUAACAAAGAGAUCGAAUGUGUAUAUGUAUGUUGUUGCACUUACUUAGAUUGAUCAAGAGGAUUUGUUCUACUCUUUGUUGAUCUGUGGUUUGCUCAUCCCAGCAAACAAAAUAAGUUUCAGCAAUUGGGGUGUGUUUUUGGAAGGGACAAAAAGAAGGAAAAAAAGGAAUCAUGGAAGAAAUUGAUAUAUAGUUUGUGUUUGAUUUCAUGCCUGUUUACUUUUGUUCCCUUCAGAUCAUAAACUGUUCUUCUGAACUGUUUAUAUAUUUAGUCACAAGGAUAUAUAUAUUCCUUUAGUCCUCUUUCUGAGA